AGGGACUGGCACUGUUACAAAACUGUCGCGAUAUUCAGAUUCUUACACUCACAUGCGAUUGAUUCUCGUAAUUUGUUUUGCUGCAGCUGUAGAAGCCGGAGUAGGUGAUUACCUUGCCGAAGUAGGUAAUUUCUUUCGCAAGCUAUUUGGUGGAAACAAGAUGGAGGAUGGAAACAAAGAAAAACUUCCUGUGAUCAGUCCAGAUCCGGGCCAGCUUACCGAAUUGCAUGUUAAUCCAAAUCUAGGAGAUGAAAUCAAGAUUCCGCGCGCAGGUUCCAAGAAUCCCAGUGAAGGAGCAGAGAUUUAUAUUCCAAGCAAUCGUGUUCCGGUCAAAGAUGAUCGAAUUAUGCAGUAAAAUAAGGUUAUAGUGCAGUCUGAAAUAAUGGUUUUCUGAUUACGAGAUUUCUCCCUCAAGCGUAUGUCUGUGAUCAUCUUUGUCAUCAUUUCAUUGUCAAAAUAUCUAUUACGAAUUUAUACAUAGAACUACACAAUAGUAAAUGCAGAAA